CUGCUGGAGGUGUAAUGGAUGUUAACACCGCCCUGCAAGAAGUGCUGAAGACCGCACUGAUCCAUGAUGGCCUAGCCCGUGGUAUCCGGGAAGCAGCCAAAGCCUUGGACAAACGCCAAGCCCAUCUUUGCGUUCUGGCUUCAAAUUGUGAUGAACCCACAUAUGUAAAAUUAGUUGAAGCGCUUUGUGCAGAACAUCAGAUCAACUUAAUAAAGGUUGAUGACAACAAGAAACUGGGUGAAUGGGUAGGUCUCUGCAAGAUCGACAGAGAAGGAAAACCUCGCAAAGUGGUGGGCUGCAGUUGUGUGGUUGUCAAAGACUAUGGCAAAGAAUCUCAGGCCAAAGAUGUCAUCGAAGAGUACUUCAAGUGCAAGAAAUGAAUGGAAAAUAAAUUUCAAACUUGAGUUGUGUGUGUGAU